ACAAGACUCAUGAUUUCUCAUCUCCAGUUUUGAUGAUGCCAGUGUUGUGUCAGGAUGAAGAGAGUGUAAUGACAGUAUGCCAAGAGGAAGAUAAUGACCUCAGAGUGGACUGCCUUCUGGAGCCCAAACAUAACUACCACACAGACUAUGAGUUCUCCAUGUCCAAAGGCCAAAAGGAGAUCAUCAUAAACACCAACAUCUCUGGAAUCAUGCCUGAACCCAAGUUCAACACAUUUGUGACAGAGCUUGAACCAUUCGGAUUCAGGCUAACCAUUAUGAGCUUCACCAUCACUGAGAAUACAACCUUCAUCUGUAAAGUAACCAAGAUCCAGAAGACUCUGUUUGUUGAAUUAGACAGCAUCGAGCCCUGCUCUGCCAUCAGUGUGUUUCUGCUGGGUUAUCCAUGGCUCAAUCUUCUGGUUCCUCUGUGCAUCAUACAGCUAUGGGAAACCUUUUAAGAAACAGUCAGCUACGGCAUCAUAUUUCCAGACUCUAAAUAAAGUAUUUCUGUAGAUUUUUCAGCAAGAAAUGCUGUUCUAUCUACUUGCUCUGAAUUUACUGUAAAGUAAGUGCUGGUUGCUGCCUCUAUGAAGGUAUUUAUUUACUUUUUUUGCCUUUUUACAGCCAAAGCACCGCUGAGGAGUUGUCCUGUGUGCAAUCUUGACUGCUAUUGAGAGGUACCAAAUAUGUUGCUAAAGUUAUGUCAAACAAUUGUACUGCAUCUUAAAAUGCUGUGAAUGAAAUGCAUUAGUGUGUAGAUAAAUAAAUAAAUCCCAUAAUUUGUUGACUUAAUUUCCCAGCACAACGAAAAUACAUGGGUAUUUGAUUUUUCCUCACAGUUCACUUGUUUAAUUUUGCACAGUUGCACACUGU